AUGGCGACACCUACAGAAUUCACCCGCUUCCUCGAGCUCCCCGCAGAACUCCGCCUCAUGAUCUGGGAACGAGUGCCCCAACCGACGCGCAUCGUCGGCCUCCUCGCUCGCUUCAAGCGCCCGUACCAAGGCCGUGGUCGCCCCCCAAUCUAUCCCAAGAUGAACUACAUCAUCCAUCCUCGCACCGAGGCCAUCUUCCCGCCGCUUCACGCCUGCCAAGAGUCCCGCACUGUGUGGCUCCGCCGCUACUACCAGCCCCCGCGAUCGACGCGCAUCGAAGUACAUGACAAAUCUCACACCAUCAACUUCAAGACUCCAUUCAUCAGCUACGAGACGGAUAUCUUCACCAUCUUCGACGGGUUCAACACAUAUCACGAGAACACCCGAUUCCCGGUAUUCUCCGGCCUGGAUACAUCCCGGAUCGAACACAUUGGGAUCCACAAUAUCUUGAAUCGAGCUGGACAUCACUUGGUACGGAUGCCGCCCCUGCAUGAACUACCUAGCCUGCGCAAAGUAUCGAUGCUCUUUAUUAAGCCCAUGCACAACAACAACCCCCAACAGCCAUGGGGGGAUGAUUUCCCGGUCGAUGUCCAGCGCAUGGACUUUGAUGUCCGGGCGAUUGGGGAUGAGGAGAUCCUUCGCCAUCCGAUAUAUGGGCCCAAUGCGAGUUUGUCGGAAACGCUUCACCUGAGUGACAUUGUUGGAUCGGUAGAAAGGUAUUGGGCGCUGAUGAGGGCGUGGUUGUGGCACGUGUGGGCGGUUGGCCGAGUUGGGGACGAUAAGAUAUAUUGGAGCCAUGUUCUGUCGUUGGAAUUUGUCAGAUAUUCUCUUGGAAAGAGGGCUGAUUGUCCACUGGAACUAACGGGUUGGAAUAACUGGAAGAGGCAUGAGAGAGAAGAGAUGCUUGCGUGGGAACCGCCGUUUGAGAUCGAUUGCAGGCUUUUGACUGUGAAAGAUUAG